AUGUUGAGUAACAGUGAUCAUUCCUCUGUCCCCUCCUCCUCCUUCAGGCUGGGCACUAAGCUGAUGAGGCUGGUGAAGGACCGGGGUCGUAUGGAGCAGCUGGCGGCGGGGGGGGCCCAGCCCGUCUUCAGGGUCCGGGAUGUGGAGAUGGAGGAGGUGAUGGAGGAGCUGCAGGAGAGGGUCCGGGGGCUGCAGGCGGAGAACGAGGGGCUGAAGCAGCGGCUGCUCGUGGCCAAACAGCAGCUGAUCAACUCCCAGAGCAGGAGGCUGUCGCCGUACGGACACGUCCAGUCCAGAGUCAACUCUGGACUGAAGAAGCUGAGGGACGACUCCCCCUCCCCCCCUCACACACGACCCAAGAGUACGAGGAGUCUGGAGGGGGGGGGCCGUCCUCCGACCGGUCAGCUGCCUCGGUACGGACACAGUCUGCUGGAGGAGGCCAGAGCCGAGAUCCGCAACCUAGAGAACGUAAUCGAGUCUCAGCGCAGCCACAUGGAGGAGAUGGAAGGAGCGUCAGAGCUGCUGAGGGAGGCGCUGAGGAAGAAGGAGGCCGAGUACGAGGAGAGACUCCUGCAGCUCCGCCAGCAGCAGAACUCCAAACUGAGGUCACAUGUGAACAACAACGUGACGAUGAUCAAGCUGCAGAAGCAGCUGACUGACAGGUCCAACGCCGUAACAGAGCUGGAGGGUCGAUUUCUGCAGCUGCAGGAGAGUCAGCUGACGCUGAAGGCCAGUCAUGACGCAGCGAUGCUGAAGGUGGACGAGCUGUCGGGGGAGCUGAAGGACGAGAGGCUGAAGAGUCUGGACCUGGAGAAGCAGCUGCAGAGCUGCAGCAUUUCCAAGAAGAAGAUGGAGCAGUUGCAGGAGCAGAUCAGUGAACUGGAGCAGGAGAGGGAUUUGCUGAAGGAGAACAAUGAGAAGCUGGUUAACAGUGCCUUGGAUGUGUCCCAGCAGCAGAAGUGGCAGAUCCAGGAGCAGCAGCUGAAGUUACAGAUCUCUCAGCUGGAGACGGCGCUGAAGGCCGACCUCGUCGACAAGAACGAGAUCCUGGACAAAAUCAAGGCUGAGAGAGACACGAGCGAGAAGCUGACGGCAGAAAACCAGAGACUUCAGAUCCAGUUUCUGGAGCAGAAGCAGCGACAGGAGGAGCUGAGUGAGCGUCUGAAGCUCUACAGCAGGAAGGAUGAGCACGACGUGUCUGAACUGACUGAAGCUCUGCUGCUGAUCAAGAGUCGUAAGUCCCAGAGGAGCGGCGACCUGGGCUUCCUGAAGGAGGUGGAGGAGGGAGGGAGCAGCUCGGUCAGAGAGCUGCGAGCCGCUCACGCUGAGACCAUCCAGGAGCUGGAGAAGACCAGAAACAUCCUGAGCAUGCAGACCAGGAUCAGCAAAGACUACAAGGUGGAGCUGGAGGCUGUGACACAGAAGAUGAACAGUGAUAAAGUGGAGUAUGAGCAGCAGCUGGAACGACAGGCUCAUCUGUUGGACACGAAGACGGCAAAGAUCAAGAAACUAGAAGCUCAGCUCAGAGACGUCGCCUACGGCACCAAAACCUACGUCUUCAAACCGGACGUCACCGACGAGGACGAGUUUGAUGAAGCUCUUCACCUGGAGCGAGGAGAGAACGUCCUGGAGCUGCAGAUAGUCGGCGCAACGCUGACCCCGUCUGCCCUGGAGGCUCUGGGCGACGCUGAGCCCUCCACCUUCUGUACGUACUCCUUCUACCUGUUCGAGCUGCACGCCACGCCGGUGGUGACAGGCGUCAGACCCGUCUACGGCUUCACGUCCAGGUACGUGGUGAGCGUUGAUGACCGCUUCCUGGACUACCUCAGCAGAUCCUCCGUCACUGUGGAGCUGCAUCAGGCCCUGGGUCUGGAUUGGAGGACGCUGGGCUCCGGACGGCUGAGACUGCAGCAGCUGCUGGAGCAUGAUGGGAAAGUCCACGGGACCGUCCCGCUGGUCGGUUCAGGGGUCUUCAACACUGACGACAUGUUUCCCGCCUCAGGAGCAGCUGAUGAGCUGAGGUCUGUGGGCUCGGUAGAUUACUGGCUGAGACUGAGGAUCCCCAUGACAGAGAGCGUCCUCCUCUACAGGGAGAAGGUGAAGGCUGUGGGCCACAUCCACUCAGCCCCGACUGAAGGAGCACAGCUGCAGUCUUCGAGCAGCAGCAGCAGCUGGAACCAGCUGUUCGUCACGGUCCACAGCUGUCGAGACCUCCGGUCCAGAUCAUCCCAGCGUCCCAGUCCCUACGUGGUCUACAAGUUCUUCGACUUCUCUGACUCCCCCAGCGCCACCGUCCCCGACAACUGUGACCCCCACUUCGAUGACCUCAGGUCCUACUCGGUCCUGAUGGACGGGGGUCUGGACCGGUACCUGAGGUCUGAGGUCCUGCAGUUCUACGUGUUCGACUACAAGGAGGAGCAGAUGGACACGUACCUGGGGAAGACCAGAGUCCCUCUGCUGCCUCUGGCUCAGGACCACAGGGUCACAGGUGUGUUUGAGCUGACCGAUCCCUCUGGACUCCCCGCCGGACACAUACAGGUAACCCUGAAGUGGAAGUUCACCUACCACGCUGUAGAGGAGGAAACGGCAGAGCUGAAGAACGAGCACGGUGAUGAAGAGGAGAGAGAUGAACAACUUCAGGACAGAGACCUGGAAGAGAUACUGCAGGAGGAGGACAAAGAUCCUCCUCCUCUCUCCUCCCUCCCUCGUGUUGCUGCAGCUAAGGCCCCGCUGCCAAAACUCAGACAGAAGACACAGGUGAAAGACGCACAGGCUGCCAAGAGAGUCACCUUCAUAGAGUCGAGAGCUGCAGACGAGCAGGUGUCUCAGCCGGAGGUGAGUCCAGCUCGUCGCCCCGCCCCAGAGGAAGAGGACGAUGAAGACGAGUCUCACUUCUCUGAAGGACAGCUGGUCCCGGCGAGCUCUCAGUCCUGCUCUGAUGAUUCUGAAAUCUCUGAGGACAUAAUCCAAGAUGUGGAGGAAGCCUCAGCAGCCAAACAGGAUCAGAGUGAAUCGACUCAGUCGGACAGCGAUGACUGCAUCGUUCAGGGUCAGGCCACGGGGAGGAAGUCCUCGGAGCGAGUUCGGGUGGAGGUGGUGUCUCUGAGCCUGAGGGCAGAGUCUCGCAUGGCCCAGGACAGCAGCGUGGUGCGUCUGUUUGUGGAGUACUCCUUCCUGGAUCUGCCCACGGAGGAGACGCCCCUCUCUCUACCCAAACCCCCCCAGGGCAAGAGCAUCAACUUCAACUACAGCAAAGUCAUCCCUGUGGACGCUGAGGACAACGGGGCGAGGCGGCAGCUGCUGAGGGACGUCCUGCAGGGACGAAACCCCGCGAUGGAAAGGAUCCGGUUCACGGUGGUGAGUGAACCUCCAGAGGAGGAGGAGCAGGAGAGAGAGUGUGAGGACGUGGGAGUGGCCUUCAUCAGGAUCCCUGAGAUCCUGGAGACACAACGAGACCUGACGGAGACCAGUCUGACCGUGUUGGAUGUGGUGGACAGCAAAGUGUAG